CUCUAAAUGAAGAUUUUUUUCUCAAAGCGUCUUUUUAAAUUGUGUACGUUGUGUCACCAAUACUAAAACGUAUAGAUGAUAAAACGGAUCAUAACAAAUGGUUGACACGUCCCUGCUAACUACGUAUUUGGGAGUGCAAAGUUAGAUUAAAUGAAAGUAUACGAAAGACAAUGUAUCAUGUGGACACUACAUUUACUGUUUGGUUGAGGUGAAAGGAAACAACGGUGAGGUUAACUGUCUGAUUUAAAAAAAAACUAAUGUUAUGGAGUAAAACUGACGCAACAGUUAACUCUUCAAACUUAACCUGUCCGGCUAACGCAGCGAAAUCAUUUCGUAAUUCACAGAACAGGAAAGUAGGUAAAGAAAUGUACCGAUUACGUGGCUAUGGCUUAAAUUAAGUGAAUGAUCAUGAAUUGAUCAUAUUGAUCUGGCAGCAUCAGGACACCUGUUACCUGUUUGAACCUGGGCGCCAAAUCGGCUGCAGUUUGACCCCAUAAAGGAUCAGGUUUUUGGUGUCAGUUGCACAACUGAACAGGCUGUCCUGACUACCAAGCAUGGAUCUUCUUCUCCCUAAACCCUCAGUCCUGAGCCCGGCCUCUAGUCUCCACCAUGGACAAUGUAGAGGAGGACCUGACGUGCUCUGUGUGCUACUCUCUGUUCUCUGACCCGCGAGUCCUGCCGUGCUCACACACCUUCUGUAAGACCUGCCUGGACAACUUGCUCCAGGUGUCUACCAACUAUUCCAUCUGGCGUCCACUCCGCCUGCCGCUAAAAUGCCCCAACUGCCGCAGCGUGGUGGAGCUGCCCCCGAUGGGCGUAGACUCUCUGCCCACCAACGUAUGCCUGCGGGCCAUCAUCGAGAAAUACCAGAGCGACGGUGCGCCGCGACCCCCUUCCUGUCAGGAGCACCACAGGCAGCCGCUUAACAUGUACUGCAUCCAGGACCGGCAGCUGAUCUGUGGGCUGUGUCUGACUGUCGGGCAGCACCAGGGCCAUCCCAUAGAUGACCUGCAGGCGGCAUUCAUCAGAGAAAAACAGACCCCAUCGCUACUGCUGACCAGACUCUCUGAGCAGAGAUGGGCACAGGUGUGUGAGCUGGGGGAGCAGCUGGAGCAGGAGAAAGCCCGCUGUGAGGGUCUGGUGAGGCAGGACCGACAGGAGGUCAAUCAGUUUUUUCAGACGCUGGAGGCGGUGCUGGCCAGGAAGAGACACGCCUACCUGGAAGCCCUGGAUAAAGCUGGUGCAGAGGUGUCCCGGGCCUACGACCCACUCAUUCACCGAGUGAAGGAGCUCCAGGAAGAACAGUUGGACCUGGUGUCCUUGGGUUCAUCAGUAGAGGAGGAGGACUCGCCGCUGGUCUUCCUGGAGCAGGUGCAUUUGUUUCGAGAGAGGGUGGAGGAGUUUGUUAAAACCCCUCUGCCCUCAGUGAUAAACCUGUCUGUCACCCCGCGGGCAGCAGAGCACCUUCAGCAGCACUGGCCCGCUGUGACCAUCGGGAGCCUGGAGGAAGCGCCUGUCCCUAAGGUGUGCUGCUGCGCCAGAUGUGGCCGCGUGGAGGCCGGGGACGGAGCCGAAGCUGGAAGGGAUCAGUCCGUCAGCUGGGCGCACAAGUUGUGGUGUGAGCUGCGGCCUACUUCUUCUGUGGUGCUGGUGGGGCUGCUGCUGCUGCUGCUGCCGCUGCUGGCAGCGCUGUGGGUCAACCCGGUCGGAGGGGUGUCACUCGGUUUCUCUCUGCUCUCUCAGUUCAGUCAGUUGGUCCACGGCCUGAGCAGUGACCUGAUCACGUCUCUCUGGGACACGGUGCGCUCAGCAUACACAGUGAUGGAGGCCACGGUAGAAAGAUGGAGCUCUCACCUCUCCUCAUUGGGUGAAAAGGCCUUCCAGCAGCUGGCUGCCUUAUUCAGAACUCUGACAUUACACUGAAACGCACCAAACUGGAGCCCGCAGAUUUCAUUUAGAAGCUGAGAAAGCCUCACUUACACACUCCUGUAGUAGAGGAACAAAUUCACCCUAUUAUACCUUUUAAACACCUGCUAUUACCGUCCUGGCAAAAAAAUCUGCCAAUGAGUACAUUCAAGGCACGUUUGGGGAAAAUUGAUAGAACAAAAAUGAUCAAUAUAAAAUUCAGUAUAAUUUUAGUGAAAUACUAAAAACAGAUUUGAGUAGAAAUAAUAACACCUUUUUAAAUGCAUGAACCAUGUAGAUGAUAAUGUUAAUCUGUGGGUGGAUGUUUCCCUUUAGCCUUACUUCAAAGAUUCCCAGUCGUAACCUGCACAGCACAUGAAAAGUUCAAGCUCUUUAAAACAUUUCUUGGCACUGUUCAUCUUUUUAUGUAUUGAAUUGUGUCAUUUUCAAGCGUUGCCGGGGACUUUCCCCAGGCGCAGAUGCGGCGCAUACUGGCUGCACAGUGCGUAUCACUUUGAUUUUGGUCCCUUUUUUUUUUUCUGGAUAUUUGUUGCUUCUACCAUAAAAGUUAGUAGUCUACAUAGUUUCUUUAGUCAAGUUAUGAACAACAUGGAUCAAAGAUUUGUGGCCGUGUUUCAGUUUGUAUAAUAUUGUAGUGAUGUAAUGUACGAUCGGGAGUCUGCACAGUGGUGUUUGUCUUGAAAAAUAGACUAUAUUGCUCUAGCCGUUCCACUUCCUGCCAGGGAACGCCCUGCGGCUCUGUCAAAAAUAGACCUAGCCCGUACCAUAUUUCUAGCUGUAUUUUGCUAACGCGCUGCGUCACAUGCAUUGUCUAAAGUGGCUGAGAUUCUUGUCCUGUCAAACACUAAUCAGACGUUUUUUUAACAUAGAUUCAUGUUGGCAAAGUCACCUUUCCCAUCAUGCACUGGGCCGGACACUUCAGUAGCUUCCCCGUUAUGUCAGAGAGCUCAGGACAGCUGAUACGUGUAUCUCCUUACACAAGGCUGUUGACAGCGACUGGAGCUGGAUGUGAACUUUAGAGCCUGGUGAGUGGAACCAGACACACGGUGGACCUGAGAUCACGUCGCAGUGAUGCACAGCUCGUGGCUCCUUUGCCGUGCCUUUAACCAUCACACCUUUACCGCGCCCCACCAAAUAGCCUUAUUGUUGUGGACCGUGUUCCACCAGGACAUGUAGCUCAGUGCUCUAUUUACUACGGUGGUGCACUGAUAUA